AUGGAUCCUGCCAUCAAUCCCCUGCGCACAUUGCUCAUUGACAACUAUGACUCAUACACAUAUAAUCUGUAUCAGGGCAUCGCCGAGGUGUACGGAGCCCCUCCAAAGGUGAUCAGAAACGAUGAAGUGGAGUGGCCAGAGCUGCGCAGGGAUCUGGAGCGGGGGCUGUACCAGGCGGUGGUGCUGUCGCCCGGCCCGGGCACGCCAGCCAGGCCCAGCGACAUCGGCGUGAGCAUGCACCUCCUGCGGGAGCGCACCCCCAUCCCAGUGCUGGGGGUGUGCCUGGGCAUGCAGGCCCUGGCACUCGCCUUUGGGGCCGAGGUGCGACAUGCUGCCUGCGGGCCCAUGCAUGGCCGCCUGAGCGGGGUCAGGCACAGUGGGCACGCCCUCUUCCACGGCAUCCCCUCGGGCCCUAAGUGGCAGGUGGUGCGGUACCACUCCCUGGAGGUGCCCCAGGCCAGCCUGCCGGCCUGCCUUCACGCCACCGCCUGGGCGCUGGCGCCCCCCGACGAGGCGGUGAUGGCCAUCUCCCACGCCACCCUGCCCUACCACGGCGUCCAAUUCCACCCGGAGAGCGUGGCCACGCGGUGGGGCCCGGCCCUGCUCCGCAACUUCCUGACCCUGGCGCACGAGUUUCACGGCGCCCCGGCGCUCACCCUUCCCGAGGGCCUGCUGCCACAAGGAACGGCUCCAAUCCCGCGUCCCUACCCAUGCACCGACGACUCAUGCGGCCCGGUCCUUGGCACUCCGCUCAGCGCCAGGAUCGACCUCGGCCUGGUGCAUGCCAGGUUAGGGAAGGGCGCGCUGCCGAGCUCUCUCGGCGCCGCGCCACGCGUGUUUGAGCGCCUCUUCCGCCCCGCGCCGCACGCCUGGUGGCUGGACAGCGCGGUGACCGACCGCGGCGGCCGCUGGUCCUUCAUGGGCUCUGGCAAGGGUGGCGCGCUCUGGCGCACGGCCUCCUACCUGGGUGAUGGUGUGCUGGAGGAGGGGUUGAGCGGAGAAGGGGGUGCCUCUGCAUCCACGACAACCCAUCGCCUGCCCGGCGGCUUCUGGGAUUGGUUGGACGAGGACGUGCAGGCGCGACGUCUCUGCCCGGCGGCGGCGGUCGCCGCCGCCGACCUGCCCUUUGACUUCUGGGGCGGCUGGGUGGGUUACAUAGGCUACGAGUUGGGGACCGAGCUGGGGCCGGGGGCAGGGCUGGCCGCCGAUGUGGCCGGAAACCCGCCCCACGCCUCACUCGUCUGGGCGGACCGCCUGCUGGCGCUGGACUGCGCCACUGGGGAGGUGUACGCGCUGGCGUGCCACAUUCAGGGCGACGGCCGGGCGGCCGAUGAGGCGCAGGCCUGGGUCGCAGGCAUGCUAGAGGCAGUGCAGGCGGUGGCAGGGGAGCCGGAUGGGGAGACCACUCCUGGCGCUGGGGCCGCCGGUGCUCCACAGGAUCCCGUGCCCAGCCCAGACCCUGUGCUAGACUUCCAGCCCCGGGAGCGGCAUGAGAGAUAUCUGGACAACAUUCGGGCAUGCCUGCAGGCCAUGCACGACGGCGAGUCGUACGAGCUGUGCCUGACGACGCAGCUGACCAGGCAGGGCGCGCCCCCGGCCUGGCCCCUCUACCGUACCCUGCGCGCCCUGAAUCCGGCCCCCUACGCGGCCUGGCUCGACUUCGGCGCCCACGGCGGGCCCCAGAUCUGCUGCUCCUCCCCCGAGCGCUUCCUGCGAGGAGAUCGCGGUGGGGUGCUGGAGGCCAAACCCAUCAAGGGCACCGCCCCUCGCCACCCCAAGGACCCCGUGGCCGACGCGGCCUCCGCCGCCGAGCUGGAAGCCUCCGACAAGGAGCGCGCGGAGAACCUGAUGAUCGUGGACCUGUUGCGCAACGACCUGGGCCGAGUCUGCGUUCCCGGCUCUGUGCAGGUGCCCUCCCUCAUGGCCCUGGAGAGCUUUGCCACCGUGCACCAACUGGUGUCCACGGUCACUGGCCUGCGGCGCGAGACUGCAUCUGUGGUGGACUGCCUGCGCGCCUCCUUCCCGGGCGGCUCCAUGACGGGGGCCCCCAAGCUGCGCAGCAUGGACAUCCUGGGCCGCCUGGAAGCCGGGCCCCGCGGUGUCUACUCCGGCAGCAUCGGCUACAUCUCCACCAAUGGUGCCUUUGACCUGAACAUCGUCAUCCGCACCGCCGUCGUGUGGGGCGACCGCAUCAGCAUUGGGGCGGGGGGUGCCAUCACGGUCCAGAGCGGCCCCGAGGCCGAGUGGGAGGAGAUGCUGCUCAAGGCCCGCGUCCUCCGCCGGGCGGUGGCCUCGGUGGAUGCGCUGGGGGUUGUGGCGGCCUGA